AUGUCUCUAAACCUAACAGAUCUUUACACUCAAAUUCCAAAUUCCAUUCCGUUGAUCACUCUACCUGAUCAUGAUCCUAACAAGACGGCAAAAUCAUCUUCCGAAGAUUUAUUCGAAAGUACUGCUUCCUUUGCACAAUCUUUUAAUCCUCAUACGGAAAUGGAACAAGCCAAGGAAUUUUUCAAUGAAUGGGGAUUUGUUGUAUUCAAUUCAAUUCUCAAUCAAGAGCAAAUCAACAAUUCCAUUUCUGAUAUUUUUACAUAUUUGGAAUCUGGUCAUUACAAUGCAAGUUAUACGAAAGAUUUCAUGAAAGAUCCAUUGGAUCUUCCAAAGAGCAAUGUCUCUCAUCUCGAUAAGUCAACUUGGACCAAUAAGAAUUGGCCAGCCAUGAAAGAAGAAGGAAUUCUUGGCUCACCUCCAGUGUUUACAAAACAAGCAAUGGAAAAUAGAGAAAAUGAGAAUGUCUAUCAUGCAUUUAAAGAAAUAAUUGGAAAUGAGGAUUUGUGGGUUUCGAUGGAUAGAUAUGGAUUCUUUAGACCUACUGUUGAAAAUGAAGAAUGGAAAUCUAGAAGAAAUAUUCAUUUGGAUAGAAAUCCUUGGAAUUAUGUUUACAACAAGAAUCCAAUUGAGGAAUCCUUCCCAAGGGAGUAUUAUUUCUUACCAGAAUUUUGUGGAGAAUUCAAUGAAGGAGGAAAUUAUAAGGAUGGUAUUGUCAAAGUUCAGGGUUUGAUUAAUUUUGUGGAUAAUAGAGCUCAGGACGGAGGUUUUAUUAUUGUGCCAAAGUUUAAUAAGAUUUUUAAGGAAUGGACUCAAUUGACAAGAAAUACACUUGCCAAUAAGUAUGUAGACUCAUCAUUUGUGGUACUUUCAAGACAAGAAAAGGAAUUAUUUAAUAAGGCAGUCAGAAUUCCACUCAAGGCAGGCGACAUGUUGAUUUGGGACAUUUGUAUGCCUCAUGGAUCAGCUCCAAAUGAAAGUGAUAGAUAUAGAUUGUGUCAAUUCUUGAAAAUGUUCCCAAGUUACAAGCCAACCACUAAACAAGGUAACAGUUCAUUGGAAAUAAGACGAAAGAUUAUCAGAAAGGCAUUAGAACGUUAUAGAAUGAAUCCAACUCCACUCGGAAACAAACUUUUCGGUCUCGAAUAAUAAUUUCAAACAUGAUUGUACAAAUACAUUAACUAUAAUAUAAUUCCACAUAAUUUAAGCUCAAACUUUGUGGUGAAAAAAUUUCCUCAAUGUGAUUCAAAAUAAAACCUUUAUUCAAUCAUUUAAAAAUCAAAUUCAUCAACAGAGUUGACAGUUGUUGUGGUAGCCACUGGAAUGUCAUCAGCAUCCAAAAUUGAGGCUGUUGUAGAUUCGGCUGGCUUAUCAAACAUUGACAAGAUUUGAUUGGAUUGAUAAAUCUUUUGUCCUUCAUCAGAGAAAUCAAUCAUGACACCCUGAUUUCCAUUCUUUUCAGUUCCUAAUAAUUCAUCCAAGAAUGCUCCUUCUUUUGGUUUGUCUGAAGUUUCAAAUCCUAAAAUAUCAUCGG